AUGGACAUCAACAAACACUCGGCGCCGAUCCAAGGAUCUCAUGCGACGCCCACCAAGCCUCACCUGAGCCUUUCAGUUCAUAAGGCCGAGGAGGCAGCGCGAUUCCGUAUCGUACCCGACCCCGCCUAUCAGAAUGCACAUGCUCAGAAGGCGUUCCCAGCGCGUACUCUCGAUGUACUCCCCAUGCACAUAGCGCCUCCUCGGUCUACGGCGGCACCGCUGUCCGUGGUACUAAACCCCUCGCCAAUCAAGGUGCACGACUACUCGGAGUACGACGUCGCUCUACAAGAUGCUACUACCCCCACAGGAGAUGAUGGGCCACCCCGGAAGAAGAGAGGCCGCCCCAAGGGAUGGAGAGCCAAUGUCGCAUAUGGUGCAGCGAGAGUCGACCUUGACUCCAGUUCAGUUAUGGGUGGUAGUCGUGCUGGCAGGCAAAGACACAUGCCAAACUAUUCAUUGAAGCGACGUCGCAAGACAGUCGCGCGGCCAGAUUCGCCGCCGCCGAGGGAGGUUUAUCUCGCUCUGAGGCCAACGUAUACCCAUUUUCUGUGCGAAUGGUCCAGCUGCAAGGCAGACUUGCACAACCUGGACACAUUGCGCCGGCAUGUCUCUGCAGUUCACCUUAAGUCCCAACAGCAUGGCCGCUGUUUCUGGGGUAAAUGUGCCGACAAAUCAGCCGCGCAGCACGUCGAUGGUGCAACAUUGGCCAAGCAUUUAGAGCAGGAGCACUUGGUCCCGAUGGCGUGGCAUAUUGGAGACGGCCCAGAAAAUAGCUGGGACUGGAGCAUUAGGCUGGUGGCAGCCAAGGAUACGAUACCCGACUUUUUAAAGGACAGAGAAGGCAACCAAGUGACGCCAUCAACACGGGACCAAGAAGUGGAGGACCUUUUCACGUUCAGGAACAACAGGAGGAAACUCAAGGAACUGAUUAUGCGGCGGGAUGAAAAUUUGGAAUCGCAGUCGUCAGAUGGGUCCGAAGAUGAGGGCAUGGGAUCAGGACUGUGA